CCGUCACCCGGAGUCAUUUUGGCCCCAUGUGCAACCGUAACUGACCCGUAGAGAAUUAAAGAAUUUGCCCAUAAAUUAGAUAACGUGGUUCAUUUUUUUUUGCUUGGUCCAAUUUUUUGAGAGAAAAGAAAGGGAGAAUUCAAAAAAUGGCGGGAACAGUAGCUGUGAGAUCAACAAACUCUUCAACACUGAACGACGAGUGGGAGAUUUGCUUCGCACGCUUCAUCCCUUUCCCUCAUUCUACUACUUCUUCAUCUUCCUCUGCCGAUCUUCUCCCUCUCCCUCAUCGCUUACGUAACCGUCCUCCUCGCGGCACCUGGAUCGCCUCCUCCACUUCCGCCUUCCUCAGAUUCUCCCACGAUCUCUCCUUAUCGGACGUCAUCCUCACCGUCUCCUUCAACGGCAAACUCUUCGAAGAGCACUACGUUUCCAAACUGAAUUUUUCGUGGCCUCAAGUAUCGUGCGAUCCUGGAUUUCCUGCAAGGGGAAUUAGAACCGUGCUGGUUAAUUACAGAGACUCCCGAGGCGAGAUUCAAAAGUUUGCAAUGCGGUUUCCAUCGAUCUAUGAAUCACAAUCAUUCAUCUGUGCUUUGAAGGAGAUCCUAAAAGAUGACAAGGGCCCGGAACCUUUAAAUAUUGACUUUGGUUCGGAAAUUUCGUCUCAGUCGGAAUUUAUGUCAACAAACAAACACUCUUACAGGUAUAAAAGUGCUUUGGGUCAUAGAGCUUCUGAGGAACUGAGUUUUGUGACUCCGGCUGACACUUACAUUCCACAACUGCCAAUAUGUAUGAAUAAUGAAAGAGAGCAACCUUCAGGAAUCCAAAAAAAGGAAACAGCUUCUGUUCCCAACUUUGAAAGCAUCCUUCCAGCCUUGCCACCCAGCUUUGCCACAUUCUUGAUGGAUUGCUCUGGGAUCAACCAUGCUCAAUCAACUACUACCGUGGAGAAUGAUCUCAAGUCCCAAAUUGCGAGAUAUAUGGAAGAUUCUUCCUUCCAAGAUAUGUUGAUAAAGGUGGAGAAAGUUAUCGGCGAAAUUGGGGGUGAUAUGUCACUUUAGGAGUCCCGGGCAUUGAAGAUGACACACCGUUCAGCUAGGCAUCUCUUAGGGCUUACUGAAACAUGGUGACCUUAAACCAUGUUCCGCCCAAAUUUUGUGCGGCUUUAUAUUGAUUGUUCCAUUCUCUCUUAAUAACAGAGUUCAAUUCACAGCGAAACUUCCUUUUUGCUUCUUUUAUUGUUUCAGCACAUUACAAUGCCAAGAGAGAAAAGGGUUACCUGAAUAUGGUA